AUCGAUAUAUUUACAAUAAAUAAGUUGCCAUUCGAUAUUAGUUUCUUAAAUGGUGAUAUCAUCACAGUAUUGCUUGAUAUUCUUAAAGAAAAAAUUGCAAGUCCAGCGCAAUACUUAAUUCUUCUUGACAAGAAUCUUAGCUGGUCAAUGAUUCAUUUGGGAUGUUCUUUUGUUUGA